UUUUUUUCUGCGCGUGGUCUCCAAAGAGAAAGCCGCUCCAGGGCUCGAUCGCUGCCUCCCACUUGAACCUGCGUGUGUGUGUUCUGAGCGCUCGCCAGGAGCCAAGUACUUGACAGUGAGCUGGCCCAACUGCGAAGACCUUGCGACCCGGAGGGAUAAGCGUUCACACUUGGUUUCUUGUUGCCCGGUACGAUCGGAGAAAUAACGGAGUUCUCGUACGAGAUAUAUGUGCGCGCGGAUGCUUCCCGGCUCGCUGUGAAAUUCCUGCCGCUUGUUGCUCUCCGAGGGAUUGCUCACUGACACCAGCAGGCUGCCGACGCUCCUGCGGUGUGUCUUCCGCCGAGCGUCUUCGGGAAGCCAAGGCAUCACUGGGCACAAGGGCCAGUUUCACCGCGUUUUACGUUACACUAGAGUGCUGGAGUGAACAAUCUCUUUAAUGGGAUUGUAUGAACGCUUGUUGCCAUCUAGAACUGCUUGAUUGCGCGUGCGAGCGUCUUCAUCUUCCCGGGACUUAGUUUGUUGUACAAACCAAGAUGAGACCACCGCGUCGUCGCAGGGCAGGAAGCUGGAAUGAGUACGAACUGCUAUUGGACAACAACCCGGACCGUGAGGGGGGCGGUGGGCGGUCUCACUCUCUGUCUGAGCCCGGUCUGCGGGCGCACAUCAACAGCGCCUUCAGCAUGGCCGAGGAAGGCUACGGCGCCAUCGACCGCGACGAUGACCACCCGCACGAGCCGACGCUGUCGGGCUCGGCCGUCGUCGUGCCAUGGUGGAUCAUGGAGGACGCCAAGGAAAGCAGCAGUUCCAACAACAACAACUUGGACGGCUCGAAACCCCGCAUUCGCAUCCACCGGCAAGCCAUGAACCAAGAAGAGCUGGUCAAGAACUACGGCAACGACAGUUCGGACGCCACCCUAUCGCAGAAGGUCAAGCGCAAGUUUCUCACCUCGUGCGCAUGCACGCCGCUAAGCAUACUGUACUCCCUGCUGCCCGUGCUACACUGGUUGCCACGCUACCGCGUGCGCGACUUCCUCGUCAAGGACAUCAUGGCUGGCUUCACGGUCAGCAUCAUGCACAUACCGCAAGGGCUCGCGUAUGGCGUGCUGGCUGCGGCCGGAGCCAUCAACGGCCUCUACGUGUCUGCCUUCCCGGCCAUCAUCUACUUCUUCAUGGGAACAUCGAGGCACGUCUCCGUCGGCACGUUUGCCGUCGUGAGCCUUCUGUCGGCGUCUGCCGUCGUUGAAAUGAACGCCAUCAUACCUGGAGAGGGCACCGAGACGACGGCCGCGAACUCGACGCUAGACGGCGUCGCUGUCAGACAACGUAGUCUCGACGCCAUGGGCGACGACGCUCCACCGACCAGCAUGGAAGUCCUAGGCGCUUUGGCCGUUGUUGUAGGCGUGGUGCAGCUGCUGAUGGGAAUGCUCCACCUUGGCAUCCUGUCCAUCUUCAUGUCCGAGCCCAUGGUGUCCGGCUUCACCACGGGUGCCGCCGUGCAGGUCGUGGUGUCCCAGACCAAGGGGCUCUUCGACAUCCGGGUGCGACGAUACAGCGGAAUAUUCCAGAGCGUCUACGUGAUCCGUGACGUGAUCCAGAACCUUCACCAGACCAACCUGGUCACCCUCGCCAUAUCGAUGACGGCCAUGCUUGUGUGCGCGGUGGUCCACGAGUGUGUGAACGCCCGCUACAAGUCCAAGCUCAAGAUGCCCGUACCUAUCGACCUCCUUGUGAUAAUUGCUGCAACUGCAAUCAGCUACUUCUUCGAAUUCAAUACAACGUAUGGAGUACGAGUUAUAGGAUUCGUACCUACGGGGUUCCCCACGCCUUCGGUGCCUCGCGCCGACCUCAUGGCGAAGCUCAUAUUGAACGGAUUCGUGAUCGCCAUCGUGUCUUUCACCAUCGCCCUAUCGAUGGCCAAGCUUUUUGCCAAGAGGCACCACUACCAGAUAGACCCCAACCAGGAGCUGAACGCACUGGGCGCGGCCAAUGUGAUCACGUCAUUUCUGGGCUGCUACCCUUGCGCCGUGUCACUCUCGCGGAGCUCCGUUCAAGAGAAAGCCGGCGGUCAGACGCAGGUUUCAGCGUUAAUAGCGUCCGGUAUCCUCAUCAUCGUCAUGGUGGCGGCUGGGCCGCUCUUCAGGACACUGCCAAACUGCAUUUUAUCUGCAGUCAUCAUAGUAGCCCUUAAAGGGAUGUUGUUUCAAGUGAAGGAUUGCGUCAACACGUGGAAAGUGUCACGACUGGACGCUCUUACCUGGAUUAUCACGUUCACGUCCGUCGUUAUACUGGACAUCGACAUCGGCAUCGCCGCGGGCAUCGGCUUUUCGGUGGUCACCGUCAUUCUGCGAACGCUGGUGCCUUACGUCUCUUUUCUGGGAAACGUUCCUGACACGGACAUAUACUUGGACGUUAAACGAUACAAAAAGGCUCAAGAGAUCCCGCGAGUCAAGAUCUUCCACUUCAGCUCGGCGCUGUACUUCGCCAACAGAGACGUGUUCAAGAACAGUCUCAUGGAGGCCAUCAUCGGCAACAGCGAUGAAACGCGCAGUCUUCUCGAAGACCAAGGCAAAUACAACGCUGCCGAUGAAGGAUCCAUAGCGGCUGUCAUCCUGGAUUGCUCAGCUUGCGUCUACAUCGACUCCUCGGGAAUCGAAACGCUAAAAGAGAUACUGAAAGAGCUUAGAGACUCGCAAGUCGUCGUCUACUUCGCUUGUUGUUCAGUGCCUACGUACAAGGUGCUACUGCGUUCUGACAUCCUGGAGAUGUUCAGCACGCCCAUCGUGUUCCCGACCAUCCACGACGCGGUACUGCACCUGCCACCCACCAUGAGGCCGCCCACCCUGUGACCGUCGUGCGAAUAGACCGGCCGAAAGCCAAGAGCCACCGCAGCCGUGAAGCGGUGCGACGACGGACUAUCGGCCCAGCGACGCAGUCGGGUGGCCGCUUCAACCCAAGCGCUUCGCGGGACGGCGCCAAGAAAAAUCAAUGUGCCAUAGGACAAAGGACCCAGCGUUGGGGAAACGUUGGACUGUCGACGAAGCCGAAACGUCACGCCAGCGAUAAGUCGACUUUAGGGCGCGACGAUCUAAGCAACAAUAGUUCCCGUUCUUCGUUUAGAAUUUUACCGGUGUUCGCAAACUCGACAGCAUAGGAUGAGCAUUCGAGAGACAAAGUUUUGAAUCUUGAUACGCGUCGUUCGCGACGAAAAGUGCUUAUUUUGAUAGCGUCCUACAUAAAUCGAAAGACUUCGGGCACGCGCUGUGUCCGAUGCGACUUCAGAAACACACAGGAAAGCAAAUAUUUCACGUGGGUACGCAUUCAGAGAUCAGACAUUUUCCAUGUAGGCGAAAGUCUACAUAAUCAAUUUUUACGGCGUCAUUGCGUUACCUUCAUUUAAACGCUCUGGUAUAGUAAAUAAGGUUUCCAAUUCCAGCCAGCCUGAGGUAACCAUUUCAAUGUGAACAUCUUUAUUUGCUUUCUUUGCGUAUAUGUUAGAUUUGAAAGUAGCGUACUGUUAGCCCAAUUAGUUUUAGCGGUAGCGUUGGUGCUCAGACAUUGAAACUGUAAGACGUUUCACGUGGAGCAUGUCCUCACAUCACCCUAACCCUCACUAGUGUCCUUUUUUUUUACAGUUUAUUAAGAAGGCAAGAUGUUUGACGCAAAUUCUGUCGCAUGCCCUGUGAGCUCGCUUUGAUGGUCGUAUGCGUGUUAACCGCGAAUACAGGAUUAGUGCAAUUGUCCAAAGUAAGAUGACCGUUUAUUAAACGUUACCUACGGGUGCGCCAUUUUCAAUGUCUAAGAAAGACAACGCCCGAUAGCCAUGUCUGCGUGGAGGUACAAUGUAGUAUGACUUUUGUUGCACUUGGAGCUUGGUCUUGCCUGAGGAGUGCGAAAAGUUUGUAGCACUGUAUGACGGAAUGUUUGUACUAGGCAACCUGCUCAAGAGUGAAGCCUUGUGUCUUGUAUGCUGUUCAUGUUAUGAAACUGGUACGCACACACGGGAGAUAGGAAAGAAAUAUAAGCGAAAUGCGAGGUUGCGUCACAAAUCAAACCGGCCAACGUGAAUUUGCCUGUUUAUAGGCGUGGCAUGUUCCUAGGAGGCAGCAUACGCAAGAACAACAUUGUGAAUGUGGUAGCUUCAAUGUGACACCCAUGGGUCAACAGUGCUCAACAGAAUGUGAUAAGCAUCUAACGUUUGGUAGUGGUGAGAAAAACUUGCGAAUGGAGGCAGGGAUGAUGUGCGCAGAUUACGCAGUCGUGAACAAGUAAUGACAAGUGAUUUACGGAGAUGUUCCCGCUCUUGUUGGUGAACCGCUGGAGUGUAGUCCGUUGUGGAGCCUUGAAACUCGCGUGACAUCGUUAACACACAUUGGUCAGUGGUGCUGUUGUGAGCGAACAUUCUAUUGCGACUCUGCACUGACACGUGGCAUUCUUAAAAAAAAAAACCUUGCUUUAGAAGGCGCAAGAAAGGCAAAUUCUGAGCUCCUCAUAUCUGACACGUACGUACGUACACCGUUGCUAAAAUUAGUUGCCUUAUUUAACCGCAUAUGAGCACUUCAAAGUGAAGGAGUAGAUGAGUACACGAUCGAUUAAAACGUACAGUCUUCCUCAAUGGGAGCUGGAGGCGUUGACCUACAACACGUGAUAGAGAUGGCACUAAUAUAAUGUAGCUCGUCGCACACUGUCCUAUAGUUUCGUAUUCCAACUACUCAAUAGAAAGAGACGCUCAUCUGCGUGCAAGAGUUUAUAUAGUUUUUUGACGUUUUACAAUACCAGAAACUGCCACAUUAAGGUGGUUUCACCAAAGAAGCAUGCGCGUCCGGACGUGCAAAGCGGAUCAUGUUUCCGACGCAUAGUGAGACAUUUCUGUUUAGUCUGGUGCUUUAUUAUUAUUUUUUUUAAUGUUUGUCCCGUCUUUUGUAUCUUUUAUCUUCUUCUUUUACGUUUCCGCAAAAUGUGACCUCGCGCGUGUACUUGGACAUCUUGCGGUCAUCCCUUUCGAGCAUUUUAUUCGCCGCAUCUUUAUAUACGCAUUUUUCUUCGUGAUAUUCAGUUUUUUUUACCUCGACAUCGAAGAGCCAUUUUUCAUUAUCUCGCGAUGCAGAGCUUUUAAGAGAGAGUUUUCCAGUUGCGCUGCUGAGCGUCGUGUCAUGUAUUUUUUUUUUCAUGACGCGGAAACACCUCGUAAGGUGCUCGAACACCAACCGCUAAAUGAGCGAGAGAUGUAUUUUUGUUAACGCUUUAAAAAACGCGUCUCACUUCGGCACUAUUUUAUUACGCGCGUGAUAAUGUUCGCAGUGCAGACUGUGAUAAGGCAGCGAUACGGUUUGUGAAUGACUGUGGUGGGUCAAGAGCGUUGCGUCAUGCCAUUCUUGACGAGUCGACAGUCGUUGUAGAGAGUGGAGGCUUCGCUUUUAAGCGGUGACAUUGCCAACCAUAGAGUUUGCUACGGCAUUAACUAGAGGGAUAUGUGGCGCUGUGAUCGUUCAGCUAUACCAUUGGAAUGACGGGUAGUACACGAAUUUGCCUAGUCUUCGUGCUUGCGGCUUCGAACGCACUUGUGGCUUUUUUUUAUUGUUGUUUCGGCUUUCGCUUCGAAUAAAAGAAUUGCUCGUUCUGAACCUGGCGAGCUGGUUUGUACCGUUCAGCUUAAAAGGGUCCAAGGUGGUGAAGUGGAACCGCUGAAGUUUUGCUGAGCUCUGUCUUGCCACGAAGUGGCUGCAGGCCACACGUCGCCGAUGGUUGAAGAUCCAUGCGUUGUAUCUCCCAUAGACACUAGCGCCAGAUUUCCCUCUAGUGUACUGUUAUGAAAUUAUGUUGCCAGCCACACGAAUGCGCGCAGACUUUUUGAGUGUUGUCUCAUUACCAUGCUCCUGCGUGUGCGCAGUUGUUUCUUUUUCUUUAGCACGUAGCGCUGCCCGUAGUGUGAUGCGAUGUCCAUAACAUUUAGAUGUCUAAACGUGUUUUUUUCCUUCAAUGGAACUUCUGUGCGGGUAGAGAAAAGAUGUGCUGUUGAUGUUAGCGUGCCCAUCUUCAUGUUCCAGAUGCGAAGGUCCUCAUUGUCUUUUAUGAUGUGUGAUGUUUAUCUUAUAAUUAUUAUGGUUAUUUCUCUCUCUCUCUCUCUCUCUCCACCCUCCUGAUAUGUGCUGCCUGAAGCCAUGAAGUGCCACGCCGGUUCUGAGACCGAAACACAGCUGGCGCGUUUCCGCAACGUGCGCGCUGUCACGCGAUUGUGAUGGUGACAAGACGAGAGACCCAUCCAAAAUGAAAAAAAAAAAAAAAGUGAAAAACCUAUUUUGUACUUGUGUAAAUAUACGCGCGUUUUAAGUGUUAUAUAAUUAGUAUAUAGGUUUAUAUUGCAAUAAUUUGUAUAUGCAGACAUAUGUUCUAUAAAAGGAAACGUUGUUUCUCCUA